GAUGUCCUCUGGUAUUUACAUAAGGAUAAAUCGGAUAAAGAGAUAAACUUUGACACAAUUUUUUCAUAUCAAAAUCAUACAAAAUGUUGUGACCAAAACAAAAAGCCCUCUUUUGAGGUUUUCGUUUCUAAUAGAACAAAUCAUGGUUAACCGAAAACCACCAGGAAUUUACGUGCUCCCAUCUCUUUCUAGAGAAAGCAGAAAUGUAGCGUACAGAGUAUGGAUCCUUAUUUUAACCUUUUUGGUCUACACAUGUUAUCACAUGGCCAAGAAACCUGUCAGUGUUGUCAAGAAUGUACUAUACAGAAAUUGCUCAGUUCCAAUUAAAGAUGGAUACGAACUUGAGAUCGCCCCAGAUAAUACAUCAACAACGUUUUGUGACUGGGCACCUUUUGAUCAAUCAAAUCACAAACAGUUGCUGGGAAGUUUAGACCUGGCAUUUCUAUUCAGUUAUGCAUUUGGAAUGUUCUUUAGUGGACACAUAGCAGAGCGAUUAAAUCUUCGUUACUUCUUGUCAGGAGGUAUGAUGCUUGUUGGAAUAUUUACAGCAGCUUUUGGAAUGGGAUACUUUUUCAACAUACAUAAUAUAUACUUUUAUGUUGGUAUACAAGUAGUAAGUGGACUGGUUCAAAGUUCUGGUUGGCCUAGUGUAGUAACAUGUGUUGGAAACUGGUAUGGUAAGGGCAAACGUGGAUUGAUCAUGGGUAUAUGGAACUCUCACACGUCUGUUGGUAACAUAUUAGGAUCUUUGAUCGGAGGAGCGUUUGUGACAACAGCAUGGGGAUGGUCCUUUGCAGUUCCAGGUUUGAUCACCUUUGGUUUUGGUGUUCUGGUCUUUUUCUUUCUUGUUCCAGAUCCAGAAGAUGUUGGUUGUGACAUGCCAGAUCAACAUGGCACUCAUGUAGUGGCUGAACAUGGAACAAAUAAAACAGUGAAUAAUGAACCUGGUGAACCAGAAAAGAUUGAUUUAACAACUAUAAGUGUGCAUGUUGAUUAUGGGGCGCUAAAUAACAGCAGUAAAAUCAUCAAUGGAAAUUCAGCUAAUGGCGAUGUAAUAAAUGGUCCAGUUGUUUCUGUACAAACCACUGACAUAGUUGACUCAUCAAAUUCUGCAAUAAACCAUACAGUAGACUCAUUAAAACCUGCCAAUGAUUAUGCAUCGGACUCACAAAAACCCGCAAUAAUUAUCUCUACCAAUGGCAACCCAAACAUGGCUAAAAAUGGACAAUCUUAUAGUAGUAUUGAUGCCUCAACGCAGGCCUUAAUCAAACAUAAGCAGGAGAAACCCAUCACAAUCUGGGGAGCAUUCUUUAUACCAGGUGUAGCAGAAUUUUCACUGUGUUUGUUUUGUGCCAAACUAGUCAGUUACACAUUCCUGUUUUGGCUUCCAAAUUAUAUAGAACAUACAGCUCACUAUGAUGCAGAAAAGUCUGCUGAUGUAUCCACACUGUUUGACGUUGGUGGCAUUGUGGGUGGCAUAGCAGCAGGAUUGAUAUCAGAUAAUUUUGGUGGCAGAGCAACCACAUGUGCUGUUAUGUUAGUACUUGCUGCCCCUGUGAUGUAUAUUUACAAUUUAUAUGGAAGUUUAAGUCUAGCCCAUUCUAUAGGACUGUCAUUUGCAUGUGGAACUUUAGUGAAUGGUCCAUAUGCCUUAAUUACAACUGCAGUCAGUGCUGAUUUAGGAACACAUAAAGUUUUAGAAGGCAAUACAAAAGCUUUAGCAACUGUAACAGCUGUUAUUGAUGGUACAGGAAGUAUAGGUGCUGCCAUUGGUCCAUUAUUAGCUGGAUUGAUACCAGUAUGGAAUGAUGUAUUUAUAAUGUUGAUAAUCUCCGACCUUCUAGCUCUCUUGUGCCUUACUAGAUUAGUCUACAAAGAAUUAAGAAUAGACAGAUUAUUAGGAUGUACUGGAGAUUGAUGUUGCCAUGACAACUGGAGAAUUUUGUGACAUUAUCAAAAUCAAUAGUCUGUGGUCAUAUUGACUGGUCUUUGAUUUAGUCCCAAUAGAAAUUUCCUAUACUCAUUAUCUAUAUCUGUCUCAAUGUUGAAAUUAUAGUCCCAUUUUGGAUUCAUGCAAAAUUUCAUGGAAAGAAGAUGGAGUAAUCACCCCUAUGUAUUUUCUAUAGAUUUGUAGCUGUUAAAAUGAAAAAUCAGAAGUAAGUUUCUGUAUUCUUAACAAAAUAGAAAUAAUAAAAGGCCUUAAAACCUCCUGCAUGUUUCUUAGAUGGAGAGAAAAUGUGUGAUAUCCUACAGUAUAAGCCAUACAUGAACAUGUGUCAACCUAAUUUCUUGCAGUUGGUCAUUAUGCAUUGAAUUUAAUCAAUUGUUUACAAAAAUUGUAUAAGUUACAAGUAAUAAAUUUUACAUUGCUGAGGUAAAACAAACUUGAUUGUUUUAAUGUUGCCUAUAUAUUAACUAAAGUUUCAUUUGAGUAAUUUUUGGUACAACACCUUGCUUUUUGGGUUGGGUGUGUAUUUGGGGGGACUGCUCUUUUAUAGAUGUAGUACAGAUUUGACAAUCUGGUAGAAAAUUGGUUGACAUAUGUUCCAUUUAUGCUAUUAGUAUUUUUGUCAGUACUUAUUAGUUACUUUUUCAGCUUAAAUAUAUAAUAAAGGUGAAGGUCAGUUAUUAAAUUCAGGUUGAAUUAAUAUAAACAAAAUUAAAAAUUUUAAGAAUCAAUGAAUAAGCUAUAGGCAUAAAGUUAUUAAUCUUAAUUGUCUUUAAUUAUUAUCUUUAUAUUGUGAAUUCAUUAUUAUUCAUGGGGUUCUAAAUUUUGUGUUUUUCAAUGGUAUGCCAAUUUAAUUUUUUUCUCAAAAUACAAGAUCCUGUUGGCUUGUAUGCAGAAUUUUCCGAAACCACGAAGGCAAGUAUCCAUGAAAAUAUAUUUUUUUCUCAAUCCACAAAAAUUGGUGCCAAUGAAAAUAAUAGAAUCCAAAAUAUAAUAAAAUUGCAUAGAUUAGAAUUCAAAUAUAUUUUAGAAAAUUUUGGAAAAUGUUUAGUAUAGAGCUUGUAUGAAUCAGUCGAUUAUGUUAAUUGACUUAAUAAAAAAAAGGAAAAGAUAUGUAAAAGCUAUUAUAUGGCUAUUAGAUUUACAAAAUGUGAAAUUCUUAGGGAAUAAGAAAUAUACAUCUAUUCAAAAAGCGCCACAUUUAUGUGAGUUACAACGGAAUUAAGCAAUUCUUGCCAACACACCUGAAUUCCGGAAUGAAUUUAGAUUGAUAAAUCAGUUUUGGUGGAAGCUAGCCAUAACAAAAAUCUGACCAAUAAUCAUAUUUAAUUGACAAUUACACCUUACAUAGAAGCAUGAAUUGUUGCUCUGCAAGAACUUUUCUCUGACCAGAACAAUUUCCCCUAUAACAUUCCACUAAGAAUAAGGUCUUCUUAUUCCCUCUGUCUUUCAGAUGACAAUCAAAUGUUGUAUUUUUUCGUGAUGUAUGAAAUUGCUUUGUUAUCUGCCACUUUAUUCAGAAUUUGUUUUGGAGUUUUUCAGAUAUUGGUCCAACUUUAGGACAGUGGAAGAUUUAGGGGGUAUACAGGGUGUUUCCCCUCUCCCCCAUUGAUCUGAAAAAAUAAAGUUUGUUAAAGGUGAAAGUGUUUUGGCUAUAUUUACCAUUUUUGACAAUUAUGCCUUCUCCCUUUUAUUCAGACCCUUGAUCCACCCCUGCUUUAGGAUGUGUCCUAAACAAUACAAGAGAAAAACUUAAAUAUUAUAAAAGAAGCUUUGGUUGCAGAGGACUAGUAAAAUUCAGAUUUUGAGUAAGGGUUUGUAAAUCCUGGUAAAGUAUAAUUAUAUCAUCUUUCACAAAUUUUCACUUCAACUUAUUCACAACCUUUGAAACCCAGCAGUAACCUUUGCACCAAAUAAGGACCUCUAUGAAUUAAUUACAGAAACAUACAGGAAAAAAAGAUGAAACAUGUAAAAUUUAUAUUUCAUCAGCUAUUGAAAAAUAUUCUUAAUUUAAUAGCAAAAGCCUGUUUUCACAAGCCACAAAAAGAUUACAAUUUCAAUGUGUAGUUUAUGAAAGUAAAAAAUAUGAAUUUGAUUUAGGUACAGACUCUAUCUAGAAUAGGGAUUCUUAAAUUGGCAUUAGAAACCCUAAUGCUUAUUGGCAAACAUUGUUUUUCUGUAACACAAUAUAUUGACAAUAAAUGAUUGUUAACUCUAUAAAGGAAUUAAAACAUAA